CAAAAGCCAUGGGAAGAUGUACCUGUCUAGAAAAUCUAGCAUAACCUUCCCUGCUGUUGAGUCUCUGACAGUGAUCCUGGCUGUCUCUGGGCUCCUUUUUAUAGGACUGACUUUGGAAAGCUAUGCUGUUCUGAGCUGUCUCAGGCAUCCAGAUAUAAAGACCUGAAGGUAGUCUUUCCUAUUCAGAGAUGGAGAACAGUACGACCACCAUUUCUCGGGAGGAGCUGGAAGAACUACAAGAAGCAUUUAAUAAAAUAGAUAUUGACAACAGUGGGUAUGUCAGUGACUAUGAACUCCAGGACCUGUUUAAGGAAGCAAGCCUUCCUCUGCCUGGCUACAAGGUGCGUGAGAUCGUGGAGAAAAUUCUAGCAGUUGCUGACAACAACAAAGAUAGCAGAAUCAGCUUUGAAGAGUUUGUGUCGCUAAUGCAAGAGUUAAAAAGCAAAGACAUCAGCAAAACAUUCAGAAAAAUAAUUAACAAGAGGGAAGGGAUUACUGCUAUUGGAGGAACUUCAUCCAUCUCCAGUGAGGGCACACAGCAUUCUUAUUCAGAGGAAGAAAAAGUGGCUUUUGUUAACUGGAUAAACAAAGCCCUGGAGAAUGACCCUGACUGUAAGCACCUCUUACCGAUGAACCCCAAUGAUGGCAGUCUUUUCAAGUCACUUGCUGAUGGCAUCCUUCUUUGCAAAAUGAUCAACUUGUCUGAACCAGAUACCAUUGAUGAAAGAGCCAUUAAUAAGAAAAAGCUCACCCCCUUCACUAUUUCUGAAAAUUUAAACCUAGCUCUGAAUUCUGCCUCAGCCAUUGGUUGUACUGUAGUCAACAUUGGGGCACAGGAUCUCACAGAAGGAAAGCCUCACUUGGUCUUGGGACUUCUCUGGCAGAUCAUCAAAGUUGGUCUUUUUGCUGAUAUUGAGAUUUCCAGGAAUGAAGCUCUGAUUGCAUUGCUGAAGGAAGGUGAGGAUCUAGAAGAGCUAAUGAAGCUAUCUCCAGAGGAAUUACUGCUGCAAUGGGUGAACUACCAUCUGACAAACGCAGGAUGGCCUACUAUCAGCAACUUCAGCCACGACAUUAAGGAUUCAAGAGCCUAUUUUCAUCUGUUGGACCAGAUUGCACCUAAAGGUGACCGGGAUGAUGGACCUGCCAUUGCCAUUGAUCUUACAGGAUUUAGUGAGAAAAAUGACUUGAAGCGUGCUGAAUUCAUGCUUCAGGAAGCAGAUAAACUGGGCUGCAGACAGUUUGUUACCCCUGCAGAUGUGGUUUCAGGCAAUCCUAAACUUAACCUGGCUUUUGUAGCUAAUCUGUUUAACACGUACCCAGGCCUCCGCAAGCCUGAUAAUAAUGACAUCGAUAUGAAUUUGUUGGAAGGAGAGAGCAAGGAAGAGAGGACAUUUCGGAACUGGAUGAAUUCCUUGGGAGUCAGCCCAUAUAUUAAUCAUUUGUACAGUGACCUUGCAGAUGCAUUAGUCAUCUUUCAGCUCUACGAAAUGAUCCGCGUGCCAGUUGACUGGAACCUUGUCAACAAACCUCCUUAUCCUGCUCUUGGAGGGAACAUGAAGAAGAUCGAAAACUGUAACUAUGCAGUGGAACUUGGGAAGAAUAAGGCCAAAUUCUCCUUGGUUGGCAUUGCUGGGCAGGACUUAAAUGAAGGAAAUUCAACACUUACUCUGGCAUUGGUGUGGCAGCUGAUGAGAAGGUACACACUGAAUGUGUUAUCGGAUCUUGGAGAGGGUGAAAAAGUAAAUGAUGCAAUUAUCAUUGAAUGGGUCAAUCAGACUCUUAAAAGUGCAAACAAAAAUACUUUCAUUUCCAGCUUCAAGGACAAAUCCAUUAGCACUAGCUUACCUGUCUUAGAUUUAAUAGAUGCCAUUGCACCAAAUGCAGUUCGUCAAGAAAUGAUUAAGAGAGAAGACCUUUCUGAUGAGGACAAGCUGAACAAUGCUAAAUACGCCAUUUCUGUUGCUCGAAAGAUUGGUGCCCGGAUAUAUGCCUUACCUGAUGACCUUGUGGAAGUGAAACCAAAGAUGGUUAUGACAGUGUUUGCAUGCUUAAUGGGAAAAGGACUGAACAAAAUAAAAUAAUAAAGCAUUUAAUAUGAUUUUCUGCCACAUUAAACACAUUGAAUGUCUCACAGUUUACAGAAUUCUGAAAUGUAGUGGGUAUAAAACCAGAGAUUAUUUGUAUGCUCAAAAUAGUUGUAGAAAUCAUUAAUGAUUUUAAUAGCCUGUUCAUACUAGUUAGGAUUUGUUGGUCUUUUUGGAUAACACAAUUAAAUUUACCAGUUGAUACUGAUAAUAGAAUAUGUUUAUUUUCAAGAUGAUACUUUAUGAUUAUUUUCAUUUCCUUGAAGUCUCCUUAAAACAAGACUAAAUCAUUCUUUUUCAUGGUUCAAAAAUGAUCAAUACAAAAAUUUUUCUGCAGGUCCUGAUGUGAAAUAUGUUUUGAUUUUGUGUGUGUGUUGAUUUUGAUCAUAAAUGUAUUCAGAGUCAAAAUCCAGUUUAAUCCUGUUAUUUUUUCCUUCCAACUAUGUAAAGUGGUCCAAAACUUAAGCUUUUCUGUAAAUUUCUAUACUGUCUAAAAUUUUUAAGUGACAAGUAUUGUUAACACUAAACUUUUUUUAUGUAAGGACUAACUCAUGAAUAAACUUCAAAGUUCAUUCUCUCAUAUAAGUAUUAAUAGCAGGAGCUUUUUACUUAACACUUAAUUUUAACUACAUGAUACUUUAUAUAUACUGCAUGACAUGCAGAUACAUAUAUAUAGAGAGAAAGAUAAGAUGUUAUUAGAGAAAUAUGUGUGUGUACGUAUAUAUAUUUUGCACCUGAAUUACCCAGGUUUUCUUAAAUAGUAUGUAUACAGAUAGCCCUCCAUAUCCGAUGCAUGCAUAUCAGAUGGUCCCACAACCAUAGAUUCCCAUGACGGCAGAUCAAAGAUAUUUGAAAAAAAAAGAAUUCCAGGAAGUUGGGAAAAGCAAAACUUAAAUUUGCCAAGUGCCAGCGAUAAUUUCCAUCUCAUUUACAUUGUAUUUACAACUAUUUACACAGUAUUUACAUUGUAUAUCAGGUAUAAGUAAUCUAGAGAUGAUUUAAAGUACAUGGGAGAAUAUGUGUAGGUUAUAUACAAAUACUGUUUCAUAUUAAGGAUCUGAGCACCUGUGGAUUUUGGUAUCCUUGUGGCGGGUGGCGAGGCGGGGGUUGGUUCCUGGAACCAAUCCUCUGUUUACUGAAGGAGGACUGUAUUGGUCAGUUAGCCAACCAUGAAAUAAGUAUUGUGCCCCACUAGCUGUGUAACACUUUUCAGUUUGUAGCUAUCGGGUUCAUGAAGAUUUCUUUUAGAAAUAUUCAUUUUGGAUAUGCAUAUACUUACUUUUCAACUGACUUCUUUCAAAUAUUUGUAGCCAAACACUAUGGCAACAGCUCUCAAGACAUGUUGAUGCUGUAUUGUUAGCUUCAUGUUACACAUGCUAAUUUUUGAUAUUCUAGCCCUAAAUAAUUUAGAAUAUGCCCAUUAAAUAUCUUUAAAAGAAAGUAACACAGAGCUAAUAAUCAGCAUAUUUUCACAUUUUCCCAGUUUCCUUCAAAUUGGCAGUGUUUGAUAAAUACUUAUGUCACUUGGGAGUAGCGAUGCUUCAGAUGUAUUUUUGUCUGAAUUUUUGGCAACAACCGAUUCUGCUCCUAACAACUGAAUCCAGAAGUCUAGUUCCUUCAUCUUCCACCAUUUGCGCCAGUGAGCAGUACUACAAAAAAUGCUGUCAUUCUAUCUCACUGUCAAUGAGUAGUCUAAAUCCCCCAUCUACCAUGUAUUAAAACAUACAUGUUGGUAAGACAUUGGCAAGAGUGAGGCUACUCAUGUGUUUAGAAUAGCAAUUUUUUUAUGAAAUCAUCAACAGGUGGGACUUUGAAAUAUAUUCUCCUAUAAAAGAAAAAAGAUUUCCUUUCCUAAUUUUAUAGUUUGAUGAUGAUUGUCUUAUAUGAAGAUGUGUUCUUGCUCUUUUGUGAGGUUAUUUAAAUCAUUUUUCCCCUUUUGAUUUUUUUUCCCACCAUAUUUGCUAAGUUCUCUAAUUUACACGAAAUUUGGCACUUUAGAGUGUUCUUUUUCUCACAAAAAGUUUAAUAAAAUUCUGUGUGUGUA